UCUCAGGAAAACAAGCGCGAGUUAAUCGUCAUCAUCUCGCGACAUCACGUCGCGCUCCGGCUCCGGUGUUUUUAUUCCGAAACGAUGCCCAGUGUGGGUGUGCGUGUAUGUAUGGGAGCGACCGAGAUACGAAAGCGGUGCUGAAUAUAGACAGGUUCCAAAACGGGUCUUCCUAGCCCUGCCAGGAUGAUCUCCGGCCUGGCACGCAGGCCCUGGCCACUGUUCUGCCGGGUCUAUUUGCACCCGAGGGCGCCGCUGUCACAAACGUGCCCCAGGGUGUGGCUGCCAUGCCAAGGGUGGCAGGGAGCCGGACUGGGACAUGCUCACAUCUUCCGCCUCCCUGACAAUCGACUGGUGGCUCUGAUGUCAGAACGGGUCCAGUUCUAUUCUACUUCUGGCAGUGGGAAAGAUGGCGUCUCUGGACUGGACGGCGCUAGUUCAGGGGGGAAGGCAGACAUGGAGCAAAGUUCACCUAAACCAUCUGCUGAGGGUGCUUCCGGUCCGAUGAAUAAAGUGCAAAGCAAAGUGGACACUAUUCAAGUCAGAGUGCGCGCCGUGCUGAAGAAGAGGGAGUACGGUACCAAGUACACGCAGAAUAACUUCAUCACCGCUGUCAGGGCCAUGAAUGAAUUCUGCCUCAAGCCCAGCGACCUCAGUCAUCUGCGGAAGAUCCGUCGCCGCAGUCCCCACGACGACACUGAGGCCUUCACCGUGUUCCUGCGCUCUGACGUGGAGGCCAAGGCUCUGGACGUUUGGGGGAGCCAGGAGGCUCUCUCCAGGGAGAGGAAACUCCGGAAGCGCGUGGAGGAGGAGUACAAAGAGAGUGCAUUUAGGAAUCAGCAGUUGUUGAAAGAGUACAAAGAUUUUUGGGGAAACACUAAGCCUCGAUCGGGUAAGAGAGCAACGUUCCUGCAAGGACCAGGGAAGGUGGUGACCGUGGCCAUAUGCAUCAAUGGGCUGAACUUCUUCUUCAAGCUCCUGGCUUGGGUUUACACCGGCUCAGCCAGCAUGUUCUCUGAGGCCAUCCACUCGCUGGCUGAUACCUGCAACCAGGGUCUGCUUGCUCUGGGAAUCAGCCAGUCUGUGCGGAAUCCGGACGCCGUCCACCCGUAUGGCUUCUCCAACAUGCGCUACAUCGCCUCCCUCAUCAGUGGCGUGGGCAUCUUCAUGAUGGGGGCGGGGCUUUCCUGGUACCAUGGCAUCAUGGGACUCCUGAACCCGCAGCCUAUGGAGUCGCUGCUUUGGGCUUACUGCAUUUUGGCCGGCUCACUGGUAUCGGAAGGAGGUCAGAGGCUGACUGCAGGAGGCUGACUGCAGGAGGCUGACUGCCCUUGGCGUUCCGCAGUGAUGCAGAGCCGGGAUCCCAGCACCAAUGUGGUUCUACUGGAGGAUGCCGCUGCUGUCCUUGGGGUCGUUCUGGCAGCCAGCUGCAUGGGCCUCACUUCCCUCACAGGUAACCCGCUGUACGACAGCCUGGGCUCACUGGGCGUGGGCACGCUGCUGGGUACCGUGUCAGCCUUCCUCAUCUACACCAACACUGAGGCCCUGCUGGGCCGCUCCAUCCAGGCUGAGCAUGUGCAGAAGCUCACCGAGUUCUUGGAGAACGACCCUGCUGUCAGGGCCAUUCAUGAUGUGAAGGCCACAGACAUGGGCCUGAGCAAGGUGCGAUUCAAGGCCGAGGUGGACUUUGACGGGAGAGUGGUGACACGCUCCUACCUGGAGAAGCAGGACAUCGACCAGAUCUUAAGUGACAUCCAGCAGGUGAAGACCCCCGAAGAUCUGGAGAACUUCAUGCUGAAGCAUGGCGAGAAUAUAAUCGACACGCUGGGAGCCGAGGUGGACCGUCUGGAGAAGGAGCUGAAGCAUCGCAACCCCGAGGUGCGGCACGUGGACCUGGAGAUAUUGUGAUUGGCCGUUCCUCCUUUGGACGGAUGGCAGAACACUCGAGAUGCAGGAAAAGCGGGAGAAUGUGUGUGUACUGGGCGGAUUCAAACCCCUUGUACCCUGUUACCCCAGCCCUCUGAGCCAGCUCAUAAGUCUUACUCUGCAGAAGCCCCCCAGCCAUGGCCCCCCCGGCUCCGACCCCUAUGCACUGGGACCUGCUUCUGCAGCCCAGCCGUGACGGUACAGGAGCUGAGCAGAAACCCUCAUCAGGCACGGCUUUCGGUCACUCCUGGGUCCUUCGUCCUCCUAGUCGCCCAUCUGCCACUUCCAGGUGUAUCGAUGACUGGGGCUGCAUGGUCUAUUAGGCAGGCACCAAAUAAGCAAGGUCAGGGGGCCCCCUGCAGGCAGUGGACCGUAAUUGAAUCACAAGUUGGAAAAUAUGUCCCUUGGCUGAAGCAGACCGAAGCCAGCUGACCUGGAGCGGCACCUCCUGCGUCGCCAGCUGUGUCGAGCUCCAGCUACGGCCCCUAGGGGGAGCAGUCGUACCUCCCCCGCACUGUCAUGUGGGCAAAAUCCGUGCAAAAUAUACAGAGCCACCAUCAGGAUAAUGAAAUCUGUGAUUCAGGUAUUUUAUUAAAAUACCCCCACCCCCCCAAUGUCUCCUAGCCAGCAUAUCUUGUGUGCAUACACACCUUUUAAUAAAUGAUAAAUGAGUUUGUAGCAUUAAAAUGAAGCGCCUAAUUCUGAAAAUAGUUUUAAAACAAUGUUUGCUGUGUAUUGAGCUAUAUCUGAGCUCUCACCAAGUUCAGCCAAUCGUAACAUGUCUGUUUCAUCUAGCUUGUAGACUUACACAUCACUUGCAGUUCAUGUAAUAAUACAGUUAAAAUCCCAAAUAUUGCUGUUUGCCACCUGCUUGUCAUUGGUUAACUUUCUUAGACCAGGGCUUUUCCGUUCGUCCCCUUGCUGGCUUGCAUUUGUCGCUUUUUGUUCCCCUGGCAUCAUUGGUCCAGUGAGUAUCCAGCUGUUUACGUGCGUGAUUCAUUUUCUCCAAAACAAAACAGUUCAAGUGGAUUGUGAGUGAACGAGUGAAAUAACCCAAGUUCACCGAAGGGAAGUGAGAAAUUUCAGGAGCUAGUUAAGUACCAGAGUAUGCUAGAUAUAAAGACCCAGAGACACGUGGUCUUUCAGGCUACGAGUUUGACACCCCAGCCUGGUGUUGGAGGUGGUGUCAGCCGCUGACGCCCUCCGUGGUGUUGCUGUAACCCAAGAAUGUUCUGCCACCUUGUCGUCCGACCAAUAAAACAAUUUGCCCCAAUUA